UUUAAUUAAAAAUGUUGUUCUUAUAUAGCCCAUCAAUCCAUAUGAUUUCAAAAUCAUCAACCACCACCAUAAUCCUCUUCAUCUCCAUCCAAUUCCAACACAAGAAUCUAAUGAUAGCCACUGGAACCAUCAUCUCAUGCUUGUUCUUUCUGAUAUCUUCCUUGUGCAUCUUGUCGUCUUACAACUACUAUAGCGAAUCAUGGUGGCUUUCGGUUUACAUUCCGAUGGCCGGAGUUUUCAUGGUAGGCGGAUUAUUGGUGGUUAUGGCAAGAGCCACCAUGGUGACACUGAUAACGGUGUUGGUGAUGCUCGCUUGUGCGGGGAAGCGCCGCCGCGUAUUGGUGAAGGAAGGGAGGAAGAUUAGUAGUGAAGUUGUCAUUCAUUUGUGUAAGGUUGUUAUUAAAGAGAGAAGCCUAGUGGCUUUUGCUUGUGGUGCAUUUGUAACAUCAAUGGCCAUAAUUUGGGCUUCUUAGACAAGAUUGCAUCAAUAGAUCUUAUUUUAUUUGUGUA